AUGGCCUUCGCUGAGCUCCUGGAGCGCGUGGGCAGCCUGGGCCGCCUGCAGCUGCUGCAGGCCGUGGCGCUGGCCGUGCCCAUCAUGUGGCUGACCACGCAGAACGUGCUGGAGAACUUCUCGGCCGCCGUGCCCGCGCACCGCUGCUGGGUGCCCCUCCUGGACAACAGCACCGCCCGGGCGGGCGCGCCCGGCGCCCCGGGCCCCGGCGCCCUGCUGGCCGCGGCCAUCCCGCCGGGUCCCGGCCACGGCCCCCACCCCUGCCGCCGCUUCCGCCGCCCGCAGUGGCAGCUCCUGGCGCCCAACGCCACGGCCGCCCACUGGAGCGAGGCGGCCACGGAGCCGUGCGUGGACGGCUGGGUGUACGACCGCAGCACCUUCUCCUCCACCAUCGUGGCCGAGUGGGACCUGGUGUGUGACUCGCAGGCCCUGAAGCCCAUGGCCCAGUCCAUCUUCCUGGCGGGCGUCCUGGUGGGAGCCGCAGUGGCUGGCCAGGCCUCCGACAGGUUCGGGCGCCGGCGGGUGCUGAGCUGGAGCUACCUGCAGAUGGCCGUGUGGGUGAUGGAGUGGACGUCGACACGAGCCCGCGUCCUGGCCAUGACCUUCAACUCGCUGGGCUACAGCUUCGGCAUGGUGCUCAUGGCCGCCGUGGCCUACGGCGUGCGCGACUGGGCGCGGCUGCAGCUGGCCGUGUCCCUGCCCUUCUUCCUCUGCUUCGUGUACUCCUGGUGGCUGGCGGAGUCGGCGCGCUGGCUGCUCAUCACCGGCCGGCUGGAGCAGGGCCUGCGGGAGCUGCAGCGGGUGGCCGCCAUCAACGGCAGGAGGGCCGCGGGCGACGCGCUGACCAUGGAGGUGGUGCUCUCUGCCAUGCAGGAGGAGCUCCGGGCGGGCCGGGCGCCCGCCGGCCUGGGCAGCCUCUGCGGGGCCGGGCUGGGCCUCCGGACGGCCGUGUCCAUGCUGAGCUGGUUCGCCUUCGGCUUCACCUUCUUCGGCCUGGCUCUGGACCUGCAGGCCCUGGGCAGCGACGUCUUCCUGCUGCAGGUCCUCCUGGGGGCCGUGGACAUGGCGGCCAAGCUGGGCACCCUGCUGCUGCUGGGCCGCCUGGGCCGCCGCCCCACGCAGGCCGCCUCGCUGGCGCUGGCCGGGCUCUGCAUCCUGGCCAACGCGCUGGUGCCCCGCGGCAUGAGGCCCCUGCGCUCGGCCCUGGCCCUGCUGGGGCUCGGCUGGCUCGGGGUGGCCUUCACCUGCGUCUCCGUCUACACGGGAGAGCUCUUCCCCACCGUGCUCAGGAUGACCGCGGUGGGCCUGGGCCAGAUGGCGGCCCGAGGGGGAGCCAUCCUGGGGCCUCUGGUCCGGCUCCUGGGCGUCUACCACCCCUCACUGCCCCUGCUGGUGUACGGGGCGGUGCCCGUGCUGAGCGGCCUGACCGCACUGUUGCUGCCCGAGACCCAGAACCUUCCGCUGCCCGACACCAUCCAGGAUGUGCAGAGCCAGUCGGUGAAGAAGGCCACGCAGGGUGCCCGGGGGCCGUCUGUCCUGAAGUCCACGCAGCUGUAG